UUUCAUGCCAUGAACAUUUUUAAUAGAAAAUUCUCUCUUUCUUUCUUUAAGGGUAAACGUGUCCACAGCAAGCAAGCGUCUCGUUCGAUUUGCGCUCCAAACUUCCCUGACAAUCUCACGACAAGACAACGAGAAAAAACAGAGUCCUCUGUUUCCAUUCUCACCAAAUUCCAAUAAAUCAAGAAACUAAUCACGAAUCAAAUUUAACCGAAACCCCAUCCGGGUCUCUUUAAAAAUUUAAAUGGGUCGCAAGCAAACCUAUCAAGGAAUCAGUCGUUAUGGAUUUCCGGUUCUUUUCUCGAUGGGUACAAUCUCCUGUUGCAUGGUCUACCUAUGUUUCUCAGCACUGUUUAGACCACCUAUUAGUAGUAUAGAGUUUUUGGACUCAAGAGUUAGCGAUGAUUUGAAGCGUGAAGAUAGAAAUGGAGAUUGUUGUAGGGGGAUUGAAGAUUUGGAGCUGUGGGGUGAUGCUGUUAAAUGGGGUUCUGAAUUUAAAGUCAAUUCUUCUAAAGAUUGUUGCUUGGCUUGUAAAGGAAUGUGCAGUGAUGAUAGUGGGCCUUGUUUGUGUGAUUCUUGGGUGUUUUGUGGAGAUAAACUGGCUUGUGGUGAUCAAUUUGGCGAGUGUUGGCUGAAGAAACAGAAGGAUACCUUGGAGCCUGAAAAGCGAGACUCAGGAGAUCAUGUUAUGUGGACUUCUGGAGUUGUUUUUGGGAGAGGAGAGGGCAUUGUUGGAUUUGAAACGCAAUAUGGGACAUUUCAUGUAAAACUAUUACCUGAUUGUGCCCCACAUUCUAUUUCGUACAUUCUUGAGUUGUUGGCAUCACGCCAUUGCGUGGGUUGCCACUUUUACCGUGCAGAAAGCAGGGGAAAGUCUUGGGAUCCUGAAGGAAAUCAUAUUGAACAUGCUCCAUAUGGCCCUCCAUUUGCACUAAUUCAAGGGACUCUUGGAUCCUAUGGGACAGUAUUUAAGGAUAUUCCAACAGAGGCUUGCCCUACCAUUAAAAGAGGUUCGGUUGCAUGGGUUGAUUCUGGUCCAGAAUUCUUCGUCAGUUUAGCUAACCACAGUGAGUGGAAUAAGGCAUAUACAGUGUUUGGUUUCGUUCUUCCUGAAGAUAUGGAGAUCAUAGAGAGAAUUGCACAGCUCCCAGCCAGGCCAGAAGUGUGGAGUAAUAUUAAUGUUGUUGUCUUAGAAAAUCCAGUCCCAUUGCAUGUCCGAAGAAUCAAGAGAAGUGUCGGAAACUAAAAACCUUAAUACGAAGAGAGGCACCAGCUCAAGCGGGUCUUAGUUUUUAGGUGUUUAUUGUCAUGCACUUCUUUGAUUUAGUUUAGAUUUUCACAAUCGGACUAAAGGGAUGAUUUGGACCCAAAUUUUUGGUAGCUCCUCGUUGUAGUGGAUCUAUUUUGUACAUUAAACAAAGAAAAAGAAGAAGAAUUCAAGAAAUGAAGGAAGAAAUCUAUAUUCAA